ACGCAAUCGCGCUUUACUCGGGACUCGACUCCUGGUAUCUUGUGGUUGGAUGGUGCCACCUGGAAGUGGUGGCCGCUUUUGUGAUGCCAACCACACCCACCAACAUGAGAUCAGAGAUCAGAGGCCAUCAGUCAAUCAGAUGCACAACUAACUGCAUAUAUAGAGAAAAUGAGGCUCCACGUUGUUAUUUUAGCUAGUAUCGCCUCCGUGUCGGCUGGAAGACCAUGGGGGGCGCACAGUGCAGCUUUCAAAUCAUCGGCAUUUUCCGUUCCGGCAGGAGGGUCCUUGGACAGCGCCAAGUCGGCAGCUAUUGCGGGGGCAGUGGAGAAGAUUGAAGAUCUACGAGCCACAAUCGUUGACGGUGGAUCCGUGGUUCCAGAGCUUGGCUCAAAGAGUUCAGCAAUCCUGGCCGCGGCUCUGGAAGACUUUACCAGCAAUGCGGAUGAGGAAGAUUCAUCGUCUACAGCCUAUGACCGCGGUGUGGACGAAAUCGCUGCUGCUGUAGAUUCUCAACUUCAGGUACUCUAUCUCCGCCAGUUGGCUCUGUUGCGUGAAAACGCUCUGCAAAAGUAUCGUACCGACACCAAAACUUCGGGUUCCUCAGAUUAUGAAGCCAUGUUACAGGCUGAUGCUCAAUUUGCACGAGAAGCAGAAGAUGCAACCCGAGAAGGGUCCGACUGGAGCUAUACCGCCGAGCGUUCCUUCCUUCAGGCUGUCAUGAACAAUAUUGCAGAGUCCGGAAAGAAGGUAUCAGAGAUUCAACAGAAGAGUGCCCAGCAGCAACAGACAGCUAUGCAGUUCCUUCAGUCGCAACAGCAAAUGAUCCAACAACUUCAAAUGCAGCUUUAUGGCCAGUCCUCUCCUUGGAAUGUUGGUGUUGCUUACAGAAUUCCAGACACCAACUUCAAUUUGCAAGGAAGCUAUCAGCAAGGACGGGCCAACGUCCAGUUGAGUUGCGUUCCAGAUGAGUAUGCGCCCAUGCUGGGACCCAAUGGCUUCACAAAUGGUGUUGGCCCAGGGAACUUGGGUCUGUCACUCAACCUUAGUGUCUAGCUAGCUUACAUUAUGAAAUUCAGAUGUAUUCGUCACAUGUAGCAUACAUUUUCUAUUUCAGCUUCAUUCUUUAGAAAGGUAUCCUAAGAGCUGAACACCCACAGUCCUAUCUCGAGGGCCAUCAAGAUCUACCAGCAGUACACUCUGCCACUGGCCUAUCACCAUCCGUCCAUCCAUUACGGGUAUCCCUUCGGAGCUACCCAAGAGCAUUGAUAUAAGAUGUGAGUGUGCAUUAAUGGGCUCUUGGUCUCGCCAUCUUUGCAAUUCCUUGGGAUUGUCAAUAUCCCAUGCAUUGUCUCUGCACCUUUGGGCCUCCUCCUCAGAUUCUGGUCUUUGAUCAAUGUCGUUGUGCUGAUAUCGAUUUCCUUCCUUGGCGACGGCAGGAUGCGAUCGCUCAUCGGCAGGUACCAUGGCCAAAAAUGUUUCUUCUAGAUCUCUUGCAAGACGGCUUUCUCGUUCAUUGAUAGUAACGGCAGUUGUUGUGUGUCUACUAAUCACAUUGAUCACACCAUUCUUCAUACCGCUGUCCUUCAGCAGUUCCUUCAACAUGGGAGUCAAAUCUUCCACGCUUAUGGUUUGUUUGGGUGGGCCUGCUUGUGAGGUUGGCACAUCCACUUGAUAAUAUUCACAUAUUGGAUCCCCCAAUGCGGACGCUCGGGUGGGUGAUCGGCCAGAUGAUUUCUGAGUGGCAAACCAGUUCCCGAAAGCCAAUGAAGGGACAGUGGAGAAAGCAAGAACGAAACCGAUGAUCUUUUUCAUUUCUGCUUCUCAAUGCUUUCCCUCCUCCAGAAACCGUUUGUGUUGUUGCUGCAGUUGAAGUACUUCCACAGUGGUAGCUUGAAGAGCAGUUCAACAGUUCAACUGGUACCAGGUUGCCAUUGUUCACCUCUUUGAUCUGCGGGGCGAUGAAAAUGAUCAUCGAUUGCACUGAC